AUGCCAUGCUUCGAGUUGUUGCUUCAACACUUGCACAGCCACCCGCAGAGGCUGCACCAAAUCCACGCCGUUCUCAUCACCACUGGCUUCCACCUCGCUUCCCCACCGCGCGGCCUCCUUCCCAUACGGCAGGGAAGCAGCGCCGUCUUCUUCUACAACUGCCUAAUACGGGCUUGCCUACGCCACCGAGACCGGCCCGAUAUCUCUCUCCGCCUCUUCGCCCAGAUGCUCGCCCAUGGCGUCCGGCCCAACCGCUACACUUUCCCCUCUCUCCUCAAAGCCGCCGCCGGUGACGCCGCUUCCUCCCCCUCCUCCGGCCGUGCCAUUCACGCGCAAGCCGUCCGCCGAGGCCUCCUCCUCGACGACUUCACCAACUGCUCCCUCGUCGAUUUCUACGCGCGAGUCGGCGAUCUCGAUUCCGCUCGGAAGACGUUCGACGAAUUGCCUCAACCGGACUUGGCCUCCCGCAACUCGAUGCUCCACGCGCUCUGCGUCCACGGAGAUCUCGCGGCUGCCAUCGCGCUCUUUGAAAGCAUGGUCGACGGGAAUGUCAUCUCCUGGACGAGCCUCAUCAAUGGGUACGCUAGAAACGGCGAGUUCCAUGAGGCAAUCGACCUCUUCAGGAGAUGGAUCAUACAGAAGGACGUGCCCUUGAGACCCAACGAAGCCAUGUUGGUCAGCGUCCUCUCCGCAUGCGCUAAUUUGGAUCACCACAUAGCUCUGUUUAGAGGCUUGGAGAUUCACGGAUUCAUCGUGCGGAACGAAGCACCGUUGACGGGAUUCGUAGGGACCGCAUUGAUCGACAUGUACAGCAAGCACGGUCACUUGGAUUAUUGCACAGAUGUCUUCCAAGCAACCAGGGAGAAGGAAGUGUGCACUUGGAAUGCGAUGAUCUCGGCGUUAGCCCGGAACGGGAGGGCGGCCAGUGCCCUACAACUGUUUGAUGCAAUGACAGCCUCAGGGCUGCGGCCGAACCACGUGACGUUCGUGGCCGUGUUGACAGCCUGCGCUAUGCAAAAGCUUGUAGACCAGGGUCUGAGGUGGUUCGAGUCGAUGUCCACCGAAUUCGGGGUGGUGCCGCUGAUGGAGCACUACGGGUGCGUCGUCGACCUCCUGGGAAGGGCUGGCUUCUUGAAGGAGGCGAUGGAAUUCAUUAGGAGGAUGCCUUUCGAAGCCGACGCCUCGGUUUGGGGUGCUCUUCUGGGGGCUUGCAAGGUCCAUGAGAACGUGCAGCUUGGGGAUGGUGUAGGGAAGCAGUUGAUUGAGCUUCAGCCUUGGCCUGCCGGCCUCUACAUGGUUCUGAGGAACAUAUACGCAGGGGCCGGACGAUGGGAUGAUGCUGCUGGAAUGAAGAAGGCGCUGCAGAACUCAGGGAUAAAGAAGCCCACAGGGUACAGUUGGAUAGUCUCCGGCGACUGCGUUUGA